AUGGAACUUAGAAUGAAGUCUAUGAACACAUCUUCGGUGAGUGAGGCAUCUUUCACUGGACUAGUUGAUAAGAAAAAACACAAAGAUGCAACCCUUCAAGCAAUAGAGGACAUAGAAAGCAACUCAUUCUUUGGUAAGGAUGAAUACAUCGUUGGAAGAAAGGAGGAAGUGUCAAGAAUGGGUGGUGUAGGAAAGACAAUUUCGGAUGGGUUAGUGUACAAUGAACCUGACGAAUAA